AUGCCGGCGUGGUCGUGGCAGCGGUGCGGUGAGACGGUCCUGGUCCUGCUGGGCUUCCUGGCGCUGGUGGUGUCGGUGGGGAACCCGUCCGCCAGACGCAUGCAGGAGGACGGCGUGGCGUCCAACAGUCUGGAGGAGGAGCUUGAGGUGACCACGUACUGGUGGGGCGAGUGGGCCAAGUGGACGGCCUGCACUCGGACCUGUGGAGGCGGAGUGAUGUUACAAGAGAGACACUGCCUUAAACAAAGAAAGAAAGUUGCUGCUGGGAAAGACAACAUGACCUGCACAGGAAAAGCCAAGAAAUAUCACCUGUGCAACACUGAAGAAUGUCCCGCGACUGGAAGGAGCUUCAGGGAGGAGCAGUGCUGGUCCUUCAACUCACAGCUUUACAACGGGAGGAACUACCAGUGGAAGCCUCUGUAUCCUGACGACUACGUCCACAUCUCCAGUAACCCCUGCGACCUCCACUGCACCACCGCCGACGGCCAGAGGCAGCUGAUGGAGACGGCGCGGGACGGCACGUCCUGCAAGUACAGCAGCUACCGCGGCGUCUGCGUGGCCGGUAAGUGCGAGCCGAUCGGGUGUGAUGGAGUGCUGUUUUCCUCCAACGCCUUGGAUAAGUGUGGCGUCUGUCAGGGCGACGGCAGCAGCUGCAGCAGAGUCACCGGAAACUUCCGCCGCGGCGCCACCACUCUGGGUUACUCAUUAAUCACGCAAAUCCCUGAAGGAUCAUGGGACAUCCAGAUCAUAGAGAGGAAGAAGUCGGCCGAUGUUCUGGCUGUUACCGACCAAGCGGGAAACUUCUUCUUUAAUGGCGCCUACAAAGUGGACAGUCCUCAGAACUUCCACGCAGCGGGCGCCAUCUUCAAGUACCGCCGGCCCAUGGACGUGUACGAGACCGGGAUCGAGUACAUCGUCGUCAAAGGCCCCAUCGACCAGGCCAUCAAUAUCCUGGUGUGGAACCAGAACGGCCGCACGCCGUACAUCACCUACGAGUACACCGUCCUCCGGGACUCCCUGCCACCGGUCCCGCCCCCUCCCGUCUACACCGGAUCGGACACGUCGGCGGGGGAGGUGUCGGUGGAGGUUGAGGGUCCGCCGGCCCCCAACGGCAGCGUCUAUGACCAGGCGGUCCCCGAGAGCCGGGCGGAGGCGGGAGGCGCCGACGGACAGAAGGGCCAAGAGACCAACGAGGUGUACGAGGAGACGGAGGCCAUCGACUGCGAACAGGACCCCAACUUUACUGAGGGAAACAGCAGCCACGCAGGCGGCACCGCCGUCCCCGCUUCGGCUGGCGGGCCCUUGGAUACGGGGCCGGACUCCCCGAACCUCAUCUGGAGGGUUCUGCUUGACGGACGGAUAGGCCCCGAUGAGUUGCUCAUCAACAUCUCGACCAAUCAGCUGCUGACGGAGGAAGGCGGUCUGUUCUCGUCGGAGGCGGGACCGGAGGCUGACACCAGCGUCCUGAAGCAGGACGGGCCGCUCGGCGCCAACGACACGCUGGAGUUCACGCUUGGUCGCAAGCGCAACGACAGCGGAGAGGCUCCCUCCCAGAACAAAACCGUGCAGAGCGGUGGGAGGACCUCCGGCCGCUCCAACAGAACCAGGGGGAAUCAAAGGAUCCAUCAGAAGAACCUGAAGCCGAGUGCCGCUGACAUGUAUCGCUGGAAGCUUUCUACUCAGGAGCCCUGCAGCAUGACCUGCUCGAUAGGAGUGUCAAAGUCCUUCGUCACGUGCGUCCGGUACGACGGCAUCGAGGUGCACGACAUGUACUGUGACGCUCUGACCAGACCGGAGCCGGUCCACGACUUCUGCAUCGGGAGAGAAUGUCUGCCCAGGUGGGAGGCGAGCAGCUGGAGCGAGUGCUCCAGGACCUGCGGGGAGGGUUUCCAGUUCCGUCAGGUCCGCUGCUGGAAGAUGAUCUCGCCGGGCCUGGACAGCUCGGUCUACAGCGACCUCUGCUCCACCGCCGACCUGGAGAGACCCGUGGAGAGGCGGCCCUGCAAGAGCCCGGCCUGCGGCCCCCAGUGGGAGGUGGCCGAGUGGACAGAGUGUCCCGCCAAAUGUGGACGCAAAGCCCAGGUGACCCGGGACGUCCGCUGCUCUGAGGACACCCGACCAUGUGACCCGAUGACCAAACCACCAAACGCCAAGAACUGCACGGGUCCGCCCUGCGAGCGGCAGUGGACUGUGUCUGAGUGGGGUCCCUGCUCGGGGCUGUGCGCCCAGGGGAAGACGAUGCGUCACGUGUACUGCAAGGCGCCGGAGGGCCGCGUGGUCCCAGAGAACCAGUGCUCGGCGGAGGACAAGCCGCUGGCCAUCCACCCCUGUGGGGAGAGGGACUGUGCUCCGCACUGGCUGAGCCAGGACUGGGAGAGGUGUAACACAACCUGCGGUCGCGGCGUGAAGCGGAAGCUCGUGCUGUGUGUCGGCAUCAGUGGAGGGAAGUUCCAAACCUUUGCCGAGGAGGCGUGCGGAGGCAGCGAGAAGCCGGAAGAGGAGAACACCUGCUUCGAGAGGCCGUGCUUCAAGUGGUACACCACCCCCUGGUCUGAGUGCACUAAGACGUGUGGCGUUGGUGUGAGGAUGAGGGACGUCAAGUGUUACCAGGGAAGGGAGCUGGUCCGAGGCUGCGACCCUCUCACCAAACCAGUGGCCAAGCAGACCUGCACUCUGCAGCCCUGCCCCACCGAGCCCCCAGAUGAGAGCUGCCAGGAUCGUCCCUCCACCAACUGCCUGCUGGCGCUGAAGGUCAACCUGUGCAGCCACUGGUACUACAGCAAGGCCUGCUGCCACUCCUGCCGCGCCCUGCGACCUCCGACCUCCUAGUGCACCACGCCCCCCCACCCCCCAACACCGGCACAGAGACACAAAGGAGUCUGUUGAUGUAACCGUGGUACAACAGUUACUGUGGACAACGAGAGAAAUCCAGAGCUUUGCUCCCAUAACUUGGAUUUACGUGGGUUUGUUUGUCUAAGACGACAUCUGGUCAUUUUUUUAUAUCAGAUGGAAACAUUUAGUUAAGUUUAUAUUAAUUAUGUUAUAUUGUUUCAUCAGUUUUUUCUUAUUUCUAUGCCAAACACAGAAUGUAUUUCUUCUUCGUUUGAAAGUAAAAUUAAUAUUGGAAAGGAACAUUCUCACCUUGAGAGGAGCCUCCCACAUCUCAAGCUUUUAAUCAGUUAGACAAAAACAUUAAACCAGUUGCUUUUUUUGUUUCUGAGAACCACAAAUGUGUUGAAUGUCAACGUUUCCAAACCAAAUAAUUUAUGCGAUUUAUAUGGGUUUCAUGUAAUAUCAUAUCUUCGUGUAACAAAUGUUGAAAUGGUUCGCUGCUGAUGCUGCUUUCCUAUAGUCAAUAUGUAGUGUUUGUGUUUAUAUAAUACAGUGUUUUACGUGUUAUUCUGUUUCCUGCCCAAGGACUACAGGUUUAAAUGACGUGUAAAUAAAAUUGACAUUAUCAUCGUGAAACGAUUGGUUAGUAUUUGGCCAACAAAACGUCUCUUUGAAGUUAAAAAAAAGAUGUAAUAAUAAUCUUUACAACGAUUCAUCUCAAGAACAAUGAAUGAUGCUUCAAGUUAGCGGGAUUUCUCACGUAGCAUCAUGCAACAACAUCAUGUAGCGAGCGACACUAACACACGCUUUCUGGUUUGGUGACAUCACCUUUCGUCUUCUUCUCCUGACCGUCUCCAACAUUAUUAUCAAGAAUUACGUAUACGUAAGAUGACGGACAUCAUCCUCCCGAUUCCUUUCAUCAUCAUACUUCACGUUCUCCGAGCUGCUCGCCUUCGUUGGGGAAAGAAUCCAUUCAAUCAUUCUUCAAGUGAACAUACUGCAUGACUAGAAUAUUUCAUUUCGGUUCAGUGGAUAUUAUUUUAAUGUGUUUCAGUCUGGCUUGUAAUAAGUACAUGUCUCCGUUCCACCGGGACGCCUGCAGGACAUGGAGGCGUAUUUAUUAGUCAAAGCAGAUUUUCAUUCAUGGUGACGCGAGGCGGCGGUUAUCCAUCGGGUCACUGGUUCUGGUCAGUGUGUAACAGAGGAGAACUGAUGUGAGGGUGAAAUGCCUUCAGAUGUGUACGUCUCAUUUUAAACUAUUGUGUUGUUAUAGAGCUGUGUGCUGACAAUAAACUGAA